ACACAGUAGGCUUGCCUGCGGUUCGACACUGACAAACAUUUUCGGCAAACAACCGUUCAAAUUUCCAGCAUAAUUAUAAAAUGGCUGAAAGUCAGGAUUCGUCGGUCUCGUCACGCAUCACGCUCUUUAACCAACAAGCUGAGCAGCAUAAGAACUGGAUGAUGAUAAACCCCUUCGCCCAUUACAACGUGAACGAGAUGCCAAAGAGGACCUUUCCAGAGGAGGAAUACGGCAGAGCUCCGGCGGGCAGUCUUUCCGAGCAGAGAUCCUUGCAGGCGAAUGUCCGUGCUCUGGAGGAGAUCCUCCAACUGUGCGAUAUGAUACAGAAAUCCGGUCGUGAUGAUCCUAUUGAUGGGAGAAAAGUACUAGCUUUCGGGCAGCUAUUUGAAACUUACAACGAUAUAUCUGACAAAUUGCUUGCCACUCUGUUGGGUGCCCGAAAGUAUGGAUUCGUGGACUUCAGCGGGGAAACCCUUUUUCAAGGUCGUGAUGACACAGAACCCGUCCGCCUGCUUCGCCCCUUCGAGGAGCUCCAAGCCGAAAUCAUUGCCAAGGUCGCCGAUCUGCGCUGCGAUUUCACUGAAAAACCGGAGGAACCGACUCUGCUUCGCGAGGAUUAGGUGAUGUUUUCUGCUUAAAAGUGGGCCAGAAACUGUCAUCUACCUUUGACCCGUUUCAAAACCACGCGCACGUGCUCGCCUCUAAGCCCUUUUGCUUAUUGAAUUAAAGUCUGGGUACCUGGCCAAAAGGCUUUUAACCAACAGCGAUAACUCGCCAAUCCCAUCACGUAUACGACAAGAGGGCCCCCUCGCAAACACCUGUCGCUGUGGUUUUUUAAUAACACACCACCCCUGCGAUUGUUUUACCUCCAGGAAAUAAACAAAUUAUAGCCGACUUAGUUGAAUUCCU